UUUAGAGACACAGGCAUACCCAACACCAAACACCACAAGAUCUAAUGGCGCGACGAAACAACAAAGUCGCCAAAGGCGCCUAUUCGGCCACAGGCGCAAACAGUGACGCUUUACCAUCCUUUGACGACAAAGCUCUUUCGGCGCUCACCGCGAAGAUAGAGCAAGGCUUUGGCGCGGGGAAAUCGAAAUCGAAGUCGAAGGCAGCAAAUGGAGAUACCCCACAGCCGAGAUCCAAGAAGCCAAAACCAGCCAUUGGGCACACGAGAGCAGCGCCAGAGACGUCCGCGAAAGCAGCAGAGAAUAGCAGAGGCACAAAGCGGGAUUCGCAAGGGAACGCCAAAGCAGAUGGAAAAGCAAAAGCCCGCAAGGAAAAUGGUCCGGGGAAAGCAACAUCCAAACUUGAUAAGCUCCACGACGAUAGGGAGACUCUACUCCAAGAAAUUCUGGCUCUUGGGGGCACCGAGGAAGACCUUGCCCUCGUGGUAGACGCUGCAUCCGAUGAGGAAGAAGAAGCCAUUGAGAGUGGUCCUGCGGACAAAGCCUUGCAAAAAGAGUUGGCAAAAUUUGUCGCUGGCCUCGGCAUUGAAAGUCAAUCCAUUGCAGAUGACCCUGAAUCAGAUGUAGAAAGUGAGCAGGAAAAUGGUGGAAUGGGUUCCGAGGAACAAGAGGAGGGAGAUUGGGAAGAAGCUUCAGACUUAUAUUCCGACGUUCCAGAGACCUCAUCUGUUGCUGUAAACCACGAGCUUGCUACUGCCUCUAAAGACCUCCCAUCUUCGUCCAAGGACUCAAAUAACUUGGUGAGUCUAACAAUGGCUUCAAAAGUUUAGACUGAUCUCGGCUUUAGGUUUUCAAAGCACGUCCAGAUUGGCAUGCAGCUCCCCUUCCCAACCUCCCAUUGGAGAAAGUUACGAACACCGCGAAAUUUCAAAGUGCCAUCUCAAACUUGAAGGCGUAUGCUACAACCUUGUUAGAAGAAGAUGGCAAUUUAUACGCUUCGAAACAUCUUUCUUCUUCUUCCUCCCAUCGGUUUUUGUCAACAAUCAUGUCCUCGGGUACGCUGUCAGAUAAGGUUUCCGCAUUAACUUUGGUCGUUCAAGAAUCGCCUGUUCACACCACGAAAUCAUUUGAAAAUCUUCUUGCUCUGGCUAAGAAAAGAAGCCGUGCGCAAGCCGUGAGUGCUCUGGGUGCCUUGAAGGAUUUGUUGGGUAAUGGCGUUGUCUUGCCUUCUGAUCGACGACUUCGACUGUUCUCUAGUCAGCCAGGUCUUCUUGGAACACUGCAACAAGACACAAUUACAACCUGGAACUUUGGCCACCGGCUUCCAGGCGAUAUUACCAAAGCCCAUCUAAUCUCAUGGGCUUAUGAAGAUUGGUUAAAGGAGUCCUACUUUGAUAUGCUUAAGGUUCUAGAGGGUUGGUGUAAUGACGAGGUGCUCUAUGCUCGGUCGAGAGCCGUGACCUAUGUUUACGAACUACUGAAAGAAAAACCGGAACAGGAAGCAAACUUGCUCCGUCUUCUGGUCAAUAAACUCGGAGAUCCUGACAAGAAAAUCGCAUCACGAACAUCAUAUCUUUUGCUUCAAUUACAAACUUCUCACCCCAUGAUGAAGCCCAUUAUUAUACGAUCCAUAGAAAUAGAGCUGCUUCUACGACCAGGCCAAAGUUCGCAUGCAAGAUAUUAUGCAAUCAACACCUUGAACCAGACUAUCUUGAGAGCCAACGAGGAAGAAGUCGCGAAAAAGCUUCUUGACAUUUAUUUCGAUCUUUUCGUGUCUUUACUGAAGAAGAAAGAACACAAGCCUGAGCCGACAGGGCCAGUGACAAACCGCAAAGGUCAAGUGCAGGGUGGUGGCGCCCCUAUGGGAAAGAAGGCAAAAGCAAAAGCCACGAAGGAGGAGGAGGCUAAGUUGGCGAGUCAAGAGACAAUUGAAAAAAUGAUCUCGGCAGUCUUGAGUGGAGUCAACCGAGCUUUCCCCUUUUCCAAAUCUGAUGAUCUUAGGUUCGUGCUUUAAAUCUUAAAUGUUGAUGAAUAUCUAACCCUGAAAUAGUCUUGAGAAGCAUAUGGACACUUUAUUUAGAAUCACCCAUUCUUCGAACUUCAACACCAGCAUUCAGGCAUUGAUGCUGAUCGAACAACUCGCCACCUCCAAGCACCUUGCAGUCGAUAGAUUUUAUCGAACCCUUUAUGAAUCUCUCUUGGACCCGCGACUCAUCACCUCAUCAAAGCAUGCUCUGUAUCUCAAUCUUCUUUUCAGAGCCUUGAAGGCGGACCUCAAUAUUAAGCGUGUAAAGGCUUUUGCGAAACGCCUCUUGCAAAUAGUCACUUUGCACCAACCGCCUUUCAUCUGUGGGGUCAUAUAUCUUCUGCGGGAGUUGAAGGCCACAUUUCCGCGUCUGAAAACGUUACUCAGCGACCCAGAGUACGGAGAUGAGGACGAGGAUGAAGUCUUUCGGGAUGUCCCAGAAGAUGGUGAGACAAAAGUGAAAAUACAACCCCAGAAGUCCAAACCAGCCAGCGUAUAUGACGGAAGAAAGCGAGAUCCGGAGCAUACCAAUGCUGAUAAAAGUUGUCUUUGGGAAUUAGUAAGUUUUCAUUACGAUGGAGUGUUUCAUUUCUAACACGUUAGAUCCCUUUCCUUGUACACUUCCAUCCGUCCGUUGCACUAUUUGCAGACCGCCUUGCAAAUAACCAGAAGAUGCCCCCGAAACCAGAUCUUACUUCGCAUACACUCUCAUCCUUCCUUGAUAGAUUUGUUUACCGAAAUGCAAAGGCGGCAGCUGGUGGUCCACGUGGAAGCUCCAUCAUGCAACCUCUAUCUGGAAGCGACAACAAAGCCGUUCUCCUAUCCAACCGUUCCAACCACACUGCCCUCCAGCCCGUUAACACAGAGUCAUUCUGGCGCAAAAAGGCGGAGGAUGUUGCUGUCGACGAAGUUUUCUUUCACAAAUACUUUAACCAGAUUGGCAAAGGCAAGCAGUCUUCAUCCAAGCAGAAGGCUUCUGCGAGAGGAGGGGAGAACGACGAUGAGGACAACGAGGAAGAUGAGAUCUGGCAGGCUCUCGUGGAAUCUAGACCCGAAGUGGAAGGUGAUAGUGAUGAGUCCGAUAUGGAGAUGCUGGAUCUGGACGACUCGGAUGCUGAAGAAGGAUCUGAUAUUGACAUGGAGUCAGACGGUGGUGUUGAAAUUAACAUGGAGGACGACGAAUCAGAAAUAGCAGGAUCCGAUGUCGGCGAAGAUGUAUUUGCGUCAGGCAGCGAAACUGAGAUGCGUGUUGACGAGGACGAGGAUGAAGAUGAAGAAGCCCUGUUUGCAAGAGAGCUCCAGACCGCUCAGCCAGCCACUGAAGGAGGUGACGAAAAAGAAACCAGUAGGAAGCGCAAGCAAAGACUUAAGAAGCUGCCUAUGUUUGCUUCUAUGGAAGACUACGCGGAGAUGUUGGACAACGAUGAUGACGAGGAUUUGUAG